AUGACACUUGAUAUUUCCAUGUUGAUUUCCAAGACGUAUAAAUUGAAUCCCAAACCAACCAAAUACUUCACAAAAAGUUUUGCGUUUCACAAUCAGUACAAGGCAUUAAUCAUGACUGAUACUAAAGUUUUGGUACUUCUCAUCUUAUUCGUUUACAUAUUCCUAACCAAUGGGUGUAUUACCGAAAAUUAUGAGGUUCAUCUAAUCAACAAGCUUCCGUAUCCAAAACUCAAAUUUCACUGUGCAUCGGGUGAUACUGAACUUGGAUAUCAUGAAGUUGUUCCAAACUUUGAUUUUCAUUGGAAGUUUUGUGAUAGUAUUUCCAGAAAAACUUUAUUUUUUUGCCAUCUUUGGUGGGAAAAAAAGGAAAUUGCUUUUGAUAUAUUUACCUCCAAACACAGUGAUAGGUGCACGGAAGGUAAAUGUUUUUGGGAAGCAAGGAAAGAUGGUAUCUAUUUUUCUGAUGACAUAGAGCUGGUUCCUUUUAAUAAGAUUUUUGCGUUUCACAUACAAUACAAGGCAUUGAUCAUGAGUGGUACUAAAGGUUUGGUACUUCUCGUCUUAUUCACUUACAUAUUCCUAACCAAAGGGUGUUUCACUGACGAGUAUGAGGUUCAUCUAAUUAACAGGCUUCCGUAUCCAAGACUCAAAUUUCAUUGUGCAUCGGGUGAUAAUGAACUUGGAUAUCAUAAAGUUGUUCCAAAUUUUGAUUUCCAUUGGAAGUUUUGUGAGAGUAUUUGGAAAAAUACUUUAUAUUUUUGCCAUCUUUGGUGGCAAGACAAGGAAAUUGCUUUUGAUAUAUUUACCUCUAAACAUAAUUGUCGGCUACAUGAAUGUUUUUGGGAAGCAAGGAAAGAUGGUAUCUAUUUGUCGUAUGACAGCGAGUCUUUUAAGAAGAUGUUUGAAUGGAAAACAAUAAACAAUUAA